AUGGUCAAUGUCUACGUUCGGGACACUAGUGGUAAGGUCGACAUUGUUAGCUCUCUCGCCUUAAGCAUCGAGCAUAUAGGGUUCUUACUGGAGAAGGUGAGUGAGGACAUUACAAAGGAGAUGACCAAGCAACAACUGGAUCGCGCGGGUCAUGCGGAUACAUGGCCAAGCACCUCGCCAGCACCGCAAGGGAGGAUUUCACCACGCGCCUCCAUCGGGUGCACGUCGAACGGGAAGGACGACGGCGAAUUCGAGGUGCCGCUCUCCGCCGCCGCUUAUGUCGCUGUCAGUGAACUGUGGUCAAUUGCAAGCUUGCGAGUUGCGAUGCUAAAGAUGUUUCGUAGCAGCUCGGAAGCAAGUACAGUAGUACACCCUAAAAAGCUUCAUCCAAACAGGGAAUUUGCCAGGUUAUUUUCUUCAUAUGCAAAAUCAAAAUCAUCAUUUGAGGGUUUCCUGCUUGGCUGAUGAAAUUACAGAAAUUUUUUGGUAUUUUUUGUUGAAGUUGAUUAUUCCGUGCCGUUGUUUCUUAUGCUGUUUAGUUAUGAUUGAAUUGGAUAUGCAUAUCAUGUUUUGUAAGAGAAAAAUGAUGAUUUAA